AUGGAUGAGCAAGAGACGUUUGCUUUCCAGGCUGAGAUUAACCAAUUGCUGAGUCUGAUCAUCAAUACCCUCUAUAGCAACAAAGAGAUCUUUCUCCGCGACCUUAUCAAUAACUCUUCUAAUGCUCUUUACAAAAUACGUUUGACUGACAAGAGUAAGCUUGAGACUCAACCAGAGCUUUUCUUUCACAUUAUCCCUGACAAGACCAAUAACACACUGUCCAUCAUUGAUAGUGGUAUUGGAAUGACCAAGGCUGAUUUGGUGAACAAUCUUGGUACCAUUGCAAGGUCUGUAACCAAGGAAUUUAUAGAAGCCCUUGCUGCUGGCGCUGAUGUCAGUAUGAUUGGGCAGUUUGGUGUCGAUUUCUAA